AUGAAAGAUACGGUUUUUGUUGACACUCAGCAAGGUGUAUCCGACCUCGUUGACUGGAUAUCACUCCAGGAUACGUGGCUUGGAGACAUUCAACCCCCACUUUAUAUCGACGCCGAGGGAGAACGCCUUGGCCGGGAUGGGAAGCUUUCACUCUUGACAAUCUUGGUCUAUCCUUCACAAUUUCUGGCGCGUCCCCAUAUCAUCGACAUCCAUAACCUGGGAAAUCUAGCCUUCUCGACAGUCGGGGGCAGCGGAAAAAGCUUGAAGGAUAUUCUGGAAUCAUCAAAAUUUAUCAAGGUCUUCUUCGACGUCCGAAACGAUUCAGAUGCACUACAUUUCCACUAUAACAUCAAAUUGGAUGGCGUUCGAGAUGUUCAGCUUAUGGAGAAUGCUCGUAGGAGAACCACGAACUCUAGGAAGUUCUUAAGUGGCCUUGCAAAGUGUAUUGAAGAAUCUUUAUAUGGACCUGAAAGGGAUCAGUGGAGGCGUAGCAAGGAGAAAGGAGAAAAGCUCUGGAACCCUCAAAAGGGAGGCUCUUACAGUGUCCUCAACAUACGACCGCUUCCGGCAGAGCUUAUUGAGUACUGCAUCGGCGACGUUCAACACUUACCAACGUUGUUUGAAAAGUACAAGUGCGGAACAGACCGUUGGAAGGGAUUCAGAUUACAAAUUUGA